UCACAGAUUACAAUAUAACUUGGCUUUGACUUUUGAUGUUUACAUCUUAAGACUUCGUACUUCGUAAAUCCGCAUCUAAACUCUAAUUUAAAAACUACAUUCAUUUAUUACUGUUCAGUGCUAUUAUUUCAACUGAGUUUAUUUCAGGGUUCAGAUGACCAUAAAUAUAAUUCAAGUUUAAUUACAUUUAAACACACAACAGAUGAAUUCUCAAGCCUUAGCCGUUGGCUACAUCGCUCCAGAAUAGUUUAAGUCCCUUGAUGACAUUGCGAUAAGUGCAUCAAUUACUUUAAUUACUUAAUGUUACUGUAAAGAACGCUGCGUCGCCAUUGUAAUAAUGAAUAAAUAAUCAAGUCUAUCUGCUGUUUUGUUUGACAAAUCCCUAGUACAAAUCAUGUUAUAACUGUGUACUUGAGUCAGAUAUGGGAUUAACCCAAUUCCUGCUUUGCGCGGCCCUGGGAUGCAUAGCAUUAGCCUUAUGCAUAAAUGGAGAGAAAGACAAUGCUAUUAGUUGUAAUAGUACAAAUCAAGAAUUUGUAGAAUAUCAGUUCACAACUGAUGUUGUGCGAAGUGAGCACAUAGUUACAUUUACUGGUUAUUUUUCUAAAUUAUCUAGAGAAAACUAUAUUACAGCUGCACUUAAGAAUUCAGGAAUAAAAAAUUGGACUAUCUUGGAGAGAAAAAAUGCAGCUAUAGAAUUCCCUAGUGACUUUGAAGUUAUUGUACUUAAUGAAGAUCAAAAUCUGGCUAUAAAAUCACUCGGUGAUCACCCUGCCAUACGACGAAUCACAGCCCAACGACAAGUACAGCGCACUAUAAAGUACAUCAAAGAGGAUGACUGUGGAUCACCAGAAUGUCUCUACUCUGGCUGGAGAAGUCAAAGUAUCAAGGGGCAAGCUUUACACUCUCUUAGAAAGUUGCAAGAAAAUGAUGGCUACUCCUCUCGAAAGCUGUUAAGAACUGUACCACGACAGAUAACGUCAGUAUUGAAAGCAGAUGUGUUGUGGUCCCUCGGUGUAACAGGUGAAGGCAUCAAAGUUGCAGUAUUCGAUACCGGGCUGUCACGUAAUCACCCACAUUUUGGUCAUAUACGUGAACGUACCGAUUGGACCGGGGAGAAAACGCUAGAUGAUGCCUUGGGGCAUGGGACGUUUGUUGCUGGAGUCAUCGCUUCAAGAGCAGACUGCCUUGGAUUCGCGCCUGAUGCUGAAUUGCAUAUAUUUCGCGUUUUUACUGAUAACCAGGUGUCCUAUACAUCAUGGUUCCUCGAUGCAUUUAAUUAUGCAAUUAUGAAGAAAAUUGACGUCCUAAAUCUAAGUAUAGGUGGACCAGAUUUUAUGGAUCACCCAUUUGUUGAUAAAGUAUGGGAAUUGACUGCAAAUAAGGUGAUUAUGGUAUCAGCGAUUGGUAAUGAUGGACCGUUGUAUGGUACAUUGAAUAAUCCAGCUGAUCAAAUGGAUGUUAUCGGCGUGGGUGGCAUCGGGUUCGAUGACCGCAUAGCAAAGUUCUCCUCAAGAGGGAUGACUACGUGGGAGUUGCCACAUGGUUAUGGCCGCGUUAAACCCGACAUAGUGACGUAUGGGAGUGGAGUCCGUGGGUCUAGCGUGAAUGGAGGCUGCCGGUCUCUUAGUGGUACAUCAGUAGCAUCGCCAGUUGUAGCCGGUGCAAUAGCCUUAUUAGCUAGUGGUGUGCCGAGACAGAACCUAACGCCAGCUUCUGUCAAACAAGCCUUGUGCAUAACCGCUCGGAGACUGGUAGGGCCUAACAUGUUCGAGCAAGGACACGGGAAAUUGGACCUUAUUAGCGCCUAUCAGUUUCUUCGUGAAUACGAGCCUCAAGCUAGUCUCAGUCCGCCAUACAUUGAUCUAACGGAAUGCACGUACAUGUGGCCGUAUUGCACCCAGCCGUUGUACUACAGUGCUCAGCCAACGAUUGUCAAUGUCACUAUUAUAAAUGGCCUUGGAGUAGCUGGAGAGGUGAAACUUGUAAAGUGGCACCCACAUUUGCCGAACGGUCUAAUAUUGUCGGUGUCGGUGGAUUAUAUUGAUAUCAUUUGGCCUUACUCCGGUUGGCUGGCCUUAAGGUUCACUGUGUUGGAAAGUGGGGCUGAUUUUGAUGGAAUUGUUGAAGGACAUGUGAACAUUACAAUUGAAAGUUUUGACGAGUCGUUUCGGCAAAAGACGAGGAAUACAACUCUGAUGCUACCAGUACGUGGGCGUGUUAUCCCGGUACCGGUUCGAUCGCGUCGUCUCCUAUGGGACCAAUUCCAUAGCCUCCGAUAUCCGGGCGGCUAUUUCCCAAGAGACGAUUUAAGGGCAAAACACGACCCGCUCGACUGGCACGCCGAUCAUAUACACACAAACUUUAGAGAUAUGUAUCGAAGACUCCGGGAGCACGGAUAUUAUGUUGAAGUUAUGGGUUCUCCCCUCACGUGUGUUAAUACGUCGUUGUACGGUGCCCUCAUGUUGGUAGACCCGGAAGACGAAUAUUUCCCAGAGGAGAUGGCGACUCUGAAGAAGGCGGUGGAUUCAGGGUUAUCGCUCGUUGUAUUUGCGGAUUGGUAUAAUGCGUCUUUACUACGGCACGUCAAGUUUUACGACGAAAAUACGAGGCAAUGGUGGAUACCAGAAACGGGUGGUGCCAAUGUACCAGCGCUGAAUGACUUAUUAAGCAUGUUCCAGGUGGCGUUGGGUGAUCGAGUGUUCGAAGGUACUUUUACUCUGGGCGGUCAUGCAAUGUACUACGCGAGUGGUACACACAUACACAGCUUUCCCGAACAUGGCGUGCUCGUCAAUGCUCACUUGGUCGAUCAGGGACAGCAGAUAAUGUCUGGGGGCAAAGCUAGUGGUGGGAGUGGUUCAAAUAAAUCCCCAACAGUUGAUGUACCAAUUUUGGGUCUACUACAGACAGACGGAGAAGCCAAAGAUUAUACCAAUAACACUAUUAAUAAAGUGCCCAAGGCGGGUAGACUAGUCGUAUACGGUGACUCGUCUUGCCUUGAAAGUGGGGCUGGGCGACCCUGCCAUUGGUUGCUGUUAGCUGCUUUGCAAUACGCGCUUGGAGGUCACGUUCCUUCAGCGCUUAAGGAAGCUGCUUCGAAGCAUCGAGACGUGCAUAUUAUACCUUCUGAGUUACCACAGCGAUCAGAAGGCGGUCGCUUGCACGCGUACUCGCGCGUAUUAUUACCUGACGGUAGCGGUACGCGUACGUUACCCGAAUGCGUGCGUGACGUUCCGCUGUCACCCGCGCCCGUACAAGCUCCGCCCGCCGCACGCACUUUGGCCCCACGACAUCAUCCUACUGAUCCACGCAGCAUUGGUGCGCCAGAAACAGAAGGCACAGAGCCAGCGCCUAGGGCCUGGCGUGGGGCUGGCGUAGCUCCGACGAAAGUCCUAUCUGAUAUCGAGCAACAAUCGAGUUAUAGCAAUCGAGCCCUAACUGUCAUCGCAAUAGGAGGCAUAAUCUAUUGCACAGUUAUCUUUUGGAAGAGAUACGGACGUAAAAUGAAACGACGGAAAUUAAUUUCUUUGGCUACUUAGGUAAAUUUUAAUAUUUGAAUUCGAAUCAAAAACCAGUCAAUUUUAUUUCCGCAGAAAAAAUCUAAGUUUUAUUGAAGAAUGCAUGUAAUUGCGAACACAAUUAAAAUGUUUUUAUACUAAAUGUGUAGACUUUGUAAUGUAUACUACUUUUUUUUUUAGUGUUACACCUGAAUGUUUUUUAAACAGGUUUUUUUGUUAUUUAUCGCAAUACAGUACUCUCGUUAAUUUGAACUUCCCUUGAAAAUACUUGAUAAAUUACUGGCCUACAUGUGAUAAUUUGAAGUCAGGGAUUCCCUACUCUCUAUAAUUUCAAGUAUUUAGCAUGGACAGACGUCGCUGUCGUUUGUUUUUAAAAUUCUUUGAACAUUGAUAGACUGAAGUCGCUCACUCAAAAAAGCUAACGGACUUUUUUUCGAAACUAAAAUUUGUUAAUAAUUUUAGUAUUACGGUAUUUUAUUAUUAAUAAUUAGAAAUAAUAAAUCGAAUCUUUAUUCGCUUAUUAUUUUCAGCUCUUGUUAAUGUGAAAUUUAUCUCUGGUCGCUAAGUCUCAAAUUAUCGAGAGUCGACUGUGAUUUCUUUAUUUAUUUUAAAUUACUACAAUCAAAUGAUGCUACAAUAACUUAUUCGACAGAGUAUUAUAAUGAGAUUUCUUAUACAUAGUUGUUCCUGUAUGAAUAAAUUUAUCAACUGUUUUAAGUUGAUUUAUACAUUAUUUAAAACAUGUUUUUAUACGUUAAUCUACUGCGUACCAGUGAAUAUAAAUAACAUCUAAAUUAUACACUUUUUAUGCAAUGUAUCCCGUAUAUUAGAUAUCAACUUUUGUAGGGCACAUAAGUUGGUAAAUAGAAGAUCAGGCUCUAUACUAUGUAUUAAGUAAUAUUUGUUAUACAUAAGACUUAGUCAAAUGUAUGUAGUAGCUAAGGUGAUAGUAGCCAUGCUUUUAGCGAAUCACUACUAUUGUAAUUUUUUGUGAUGGAAUUUGUCCGUUCAGAGGAAUUGUUCAGCAGCUGAGUUUGAUAUUAGGACCGGGUGGAAUUACCAUCUUUAUGUGGACCCAGCUGCUGAAAGUAUUUCCGAACUAUUCGACUUCGGGUCUUUCAAGAAUAGAACGUUCCAAAAGUUAAAUGCCGGCAACGAUCUCGCCAUAGGAUGCUUAACAUGAAGUGUGGCUCGUGCCCGUUUGCCACCAUUUGUAUAAAAAACCUUAAGUAUUAGUUACCAUACAAUUAUUUCUUGUUAUUGGACGUACAUUUACACUAAUUACCUAGCUUAAUUAGGUUUAGAUAAUUAUUGUUAAUCUUAUGAAACUAUAAAAGUUUAUUUCUCCACAAAUAAUGUUAAUGCAUUUUUUCAUCUGUCGACCGACGAAAGUAGGUAAAACACUAUGUAGAGGCCUCACCAUCAUGUAUUGCGUAAUUUAUAAUUAUUAAAGUGUAAGAUGUUUAAUGCAAUUUAAAUUUUCAUAAGUAGUUCAUUGCUAAUAAAUAAUAUUUUUAUUUCAGUUCUCAAGCCUAUCACGAAUUAGUUUAGCAAAAUAUUCCAUUUGUCAAAAUACUUGAUAAUACCUAUAUUCGCAGACGUUUAUGGUAUAUUAAAGUCUAAAUGUAAGCUAGAUUUUGACAUACGGGAGUAAUAAUUUGUGCUAAGUCUCGAUUUUGAAACUUUACCCAUAGUUGGGACUUAAAAUGUAAAAUUCUGAAGUAUGUUUAAGAAGGAACACUUUACUAUCACGUAACAGAGGAGAAUUAGGAUUUUAUCGUAACUAAGAUAGGCUUACGUUGGAAUUUCUAAUCUAUGGGGCUUAGAAUUUACUGAGCGUAGGACAAGAGCUUUGUAAAAAAUUCUUCCUACGUAUAGACUUUUUGACAGGAGAGAAAAUGCACUGCAACUUGUUUAGGCGGCCACCAAUAAUGAUUUGAAGUGAGAACAGCGAGCUUAGUAUCUAGACACAUUUUUCAUAUAAUAAUGGAUUUGGACUUUGUACUUUUACAAUGACUAUUAUAAAUGAGAUAAAAAUAUUGAUUAUUUUCUAAAUUCCGGUGUCAUGGAGAAUUUCCAUCUUACGAUUUUUUUAAGAUGAUAUUUCCUUUGUGAUGUUAAUUAGCACAAAGAUUGUUAUUUAAUGUCAACGUUUCUAGUGAAGUGUAAAUACGUUAAGAAAGCAUUUGUGUAUAAAAGACUCGACCACGUGAGCAUUAUUUUGAAAAUAAAGUAUAUAAGAAAUAAAGU